AUGGGUGCAACAAGAUCCGUAGAAUUACCCCCUACGCCCAACGGGGAGCAACGCACCACAGAGAUGACCAAUCUUGAAUGGUCAUUGCAAUUCGUAAAGCUCAAGAUCCAAGAAAUGAUUUUCAAUGGCCGUAAAACGGACCAAUGCGGCGUCAUCCUAUUUGGCUCCGAAGAGACGGAAAACAUCAUUCACGAAAAAAACGGCGGAUACCAACACGUAUCAGAAUACAUCCCCAUCGCUCAGCCCAACUCAGCCACCCUUGCCAAGCUUGACGCCCUCCAGCCUUCAGAAUACUCAGGAGAUCCUAUCGAUGCUCUCAUCGUCGGUAUCGAAACACAAGAUAUUUACCUCAACAAGAAGCGCACAUGGACGCGUAAAAUCGUCAUCGUGACAGAUGGCCAGAGUCCCAUGGAAAUCGAGGACUGGGAGGCGACUGUCAAGAAAAUGAACUCUCUUGAAAUCUCUCUCACUAUCAUCGGUAUCGACUUUGAUGAUGACGAAUUCCCUUUCUACGAGGAGGACAAGUCUACCAUAAAGGUUGAAAACGAAGCAUUUUACCACAAGCUCACCUCAGCCCUUGACAAUGGCCUUGUUGGAACAUGUAUCUUUGCUCUCCAAGAAAUCUCCAGACCAGACAUGAAGGAAACCAAAUCUGCACUUAUGGGCACCGUUCUCCGCCUCGGCGAUGUCGACGUGCGACCCGAGGAGGCCAUCGAAAUUCUCGUCAAAGCCAGUAAAUGUACAGCCCUCGCACGCCCCAAGAGCUGGAAGAAAUUCUGCCGACGCGAAAAAACUGAUGAUGAAAUGCAAGUCGAUGAGGAAGAAAUGACGGUGUUUGCGCAGCUGAAGAUGCGCAGCGAGUACUACAUCGAUCGGUCAACUCAGGAGGGAGAAGAACAGGAUAAGAUGGAUACAGGCAGUGAUGACGAGGAAGAUAAGGACAAGAACCUUGAAAAGGUGGAGAAGGAACAGCUUAUCAGGGGCUUCAAAUACGGCUCCACGUACGCCCCGUGCCCUGAUGGACAGUUCCGGCGCUUGAAUACAAGAAAGGGCAUCGAUAUUUGCGGAUUUUUCCAUGCAAAGAACUUCCGCCGGGAGCUGGCGAUGGGUGAAGUUCAAUAUAUAUGGGCAGACCCCGGUGCACCACAACAGCAGGUCGCGCUCUCGUCCAUCGUACAAGCCAUGUUUGAGAAAGGUGUCCUCGCUAUUGCGCGCUGGGUCUCUAAGGAUGGCAUGGACCCUAAGAUGGGUGUUUUAGAGGCACAUGUUGAUACAAACAUCGAUUAUCUGCUGUGGGUGCAAAUGCCCUUCGCAGACGACGCCCGGAAAUACACCUUCGCCUCCCUCGAAAACCUUGUAUCAAAAAACGGCGAAUCAGUCACAAAGCACCCUUACCUACCCACAGAAGAUCAACUCGAAGUCAUGGGCAAGUUUAUCGACUCCAUGGAUAUCAUGGAUUCAGGGGAGAAAGACGAUAAAGGGAAACCAGUUCCAUGGUAUGACACCCGAAAGUCCUAUAACCCCGCUAUCCAUCGCACGAAACAGGCGCUCUUUCACAGUGCAGUUGUGAAUGAUAUCACCAGUAACCCCCUUCCACCACCCCAUCCAGAACUCCUCAAAUACAUCAACCCUCUUCGGCAGGCCCUCGAAGCUAGCAAAGAUGUAAUCGCAGAAUGCAAGGCAGUGUUCAAAGUCAAGGAAGUACCUAAGAAAGCCACAAAAGUCCGCAAAGAUGGCCACGUCCGCGCCGUGGACGAAGACGAAGACAUGCUUCUCCUCGACAAAAAACCUGCCGCAUUGCGCAAAGGAAAAGAACCUGCCGCGUCUCAAGUACCCGUCUCCCCAAAACCCGCUCGCCCAGCCAAGAAAUCCGCCGCUUCAGACUCUGAGACGGAAGAAGAAUCAGAUCAGGAACCACUCCUGCUCACAAAGCGGCCCUUCAACGCGCUGCCCACCCCGGAACGCUCUAUGUCGCCUGAUGUGGACCCCGGUCGUGCGCCGGGCCGUAUCAUCGGCUCGACGUAUCCUCUGCGCGAUUUCAAAACAAACCUUGCACAAGGGGACGUGGUGACGAAGGCUGUGGAAGAUAUCGGCGUCAUCAUCAAAGAGGUGGUGUUGAGGCCGUUUGCGUCGAGGCGGCAUAAGGAGAUGAUUGAGUGUAUGAUCGCUAUGCGGGAUACAUCUUUGAAGGAGGAUGAGAUUGAUGCGUGGAAUGCUUUCCUGAAGGACCUGAAGGAAUCGUGUCUCAGGGAGGCUGGAAACUCCGAGCUCUGGCAGGAGGUGCAAAAGCUUGGCCGCAGCCUCAGUCUCAUCAGUGAGCCCGAGGCAAGGAAACUAGGGGGUCAUUCUCAGUUUUCCGAAUCUGCAUCUGAAGCAGUAAGUUGA